UAGGAAAAAGCGCCGGGAAAGAUGGCGGCGGCUGCGGUUUGAAUUCCAGCGGCGCCGCCAGAGAACAAGAGCUGGGUUGGAGGGGGCGGGGACCUGCGGAGCCCGGCGGGUCGCUACCGCGGGGGGACCCUGUGGCGCCGCCGCCACAGGCACCAACGCUGCCACUGUCUCUGUGUCCGUGAUGGCCUCGGUGUUGGAAGAGGACGUCACCCUCCCCGGGACGCUCAGCGGCUGCAGUGGCCUUGUUCCCAGUAUACCAGAUGACCUGGAUGGUGUCACCCCCAUUGCUGGCUUGGGAAGUGGUGUGCUUCCAAGUGUGUCAGAAGAAACAGUGUCUCCCACCAGAGCGCGGAACAUGAAGGACUUUGAAAAUCAAAUCACUGAAUUGAAGAAAGAAAACUUUAACCUAAAGCUCCGCAUCUAUUUCCUUGAGGAAAGAAUGCAGCAGGAAUUUGAUGGCCCCACUGAACACAUCUGCAAAACUAACAUUGAGCUCAAGGUGGAAGUCGAAAGUCUGAAGCGGGAGCUCCAGGAGAGAGAGCGGCUGCUCAUCAAAGCCUCCAAAGCAGUGGAGAGCUUAGCUGUAGGGAGUGGCUCUGAAAUUCAGCGCGUGAAAGAAGAUGCUCGGGAGAAGAUGCAGCAGGUGGAAGAUCUCCUCACCAAAAGGAUACGCCUUUUAGAAGGGGAUGUGAAAGCCGCCCAAGCAGAACUGGAAAAGGCCUUCGCAGGGACAGAAACAGAGAAGGCUCUUCGGUUGAACUUGGAAAGCAAGCUUUCAGAGAUGAAGAAGAUGCACGAGGGAGACUUGAAGAUGGUUCUCGUCCUGGAAGAGAAAGACAGACUGAUUGAGGAGUUGAAGCUGUCUUUGAAGAGCAAAAAAGCUUUAAUUCAGUGCCUUAAAGAGGAGAAAUCUCAGAUGGCAUCUCCUGAUGAGAAUGCAUCAUCUGGAGAGCUCCAAGGACUUUCUGCUGCUCUGAGAGAAGAAAAGCAGAGAGAAACUGAGGCUGCACAAAUGGACCUGCAGAAAGAAAGAAAUCACUUUGAAGAGAGGAUCCAGGCACUUCAGGAGGACCUGAGAGAGAAGGAAAUGGAAAUUGCUACAGAGAAGAAAAAUAGUUUAAAGAGGGAUAAAGCCAUUCAGGGUUUAACCAUGGCAUUAAAAUCAAAGGAAAAAGAGGUUGAAGAACUUAACUCUGAAAUCAAAGAGCUCAGUUCUGCCCUUGCUAAAGCCAGAGAGGCUGCUAAAGCCAGAGAAGCUGCAGAGAAGGCACAGACCCAGAAAUUCCAGGCGCCUGAAAACUGUGAGGCAGCUCUGUCUGGAAACGACACCCUUUUGGCUGAGCUGCGCUCAGAAAACCUCACCAAGAGUACGGAGAACCACAGACUGCGUAGAAACAUUAAGAAGGCCACCCAGGAGCUGAGUGAUUUGCAGGAGGAGAGGGAGAGACUCAAGAAGAACCUGGAAGAAACCCAUCGAGAGAAGAGCCAAAGAGACUGCAUCAUCCAUGACCUUAGAAAUGAAGUUGAAAAAUUACGCAAUGAAGUGAAUGAAAGAGAAAAGGCAUUGGAGAAUCAUUACAAGAGUCUUUUGAGUGAAAGUGAUAAAAAAUUGCAUAGUCAAGAGCAAGUGAUUAAACAUCUAACAGAAAGUACCAAUCAGAAGGACUUGUUGCUACAGAAACUCGGUGAAAAAGAUUUGGAAGUAAUACAGCAGAAUCAUUACUUAAUGACUGCAGAGGAUCUCAAGUUCAGGAGUGAAGGCUUAAUAACAGAAAAGUGCUCUUCUCAGUUGUCACCAAGCAGCAAAAUCAUCUUCUCUGAGGAAAAGCAACAAUCAGAGUAUGAAGCGCUGAUUCAGGUCUUAAAGAAAGAGCAGGACAUCUAUACCCAUCUGGUAAAAACUCUUCAGGAAUCAGGCAGUAUCAACAACCUGCAGGCUGAGUUAAACAAUAUUUCUGCCCUGCGGAAGCAACUAGAAUGUGAUGUGCUCUCAUAUCGGAAUUUGCAGAAGACCCUGGAGGAGCAGAUCAGCGAGAUUCGGAGGCGGGAAGAAGAACCAUUUUCAUUUUAUAGUGAUCAAACAUCUUAUCUAAGUAUUUGCCUUGAAGAGCACAAUCGGUUUCAAGUGGAACAUUUUUCUCAAGAAGAGCUUAAGAAAAAGGUCAAUGACCUUAUACAGCUAGUGAAGGAACUGUACACAGACAACCAGCAUCUGAAGAAAACCAUUUUUGAUCUCUCCUGCAUGGGUUUCCAGGGAAAUGACAGACUUGCGUCUACAGAACAAACAGAGCUUUUGGCUAGCAAGGAAGAUGAGGACACAAUCAAAAUUGGAGAGGAUGAUGAGCAUAACAUCCCGAGUGACCAGCAUCUGGAGCAGAGUAAUGAGAUUAUGGAGGAUUGUUCCAAAGAGGGCUGCAAAAAUGGAUAUUUAAGGCACAUGGAGUCCAAGGUUUUAGACUGCAACGGGGCCCACAAACCUGGCUGCCCUGGAGACCAGAGUCUAGAAGAAGACGAGCUCAUGAACCUGCUUGCUCCUUUCUUCAAUGAGAAGGCCAUGCUGUUACUGGAAUCCAGACCAGACCUUUUGAAAGUGCUAUGGGAGCAAAUAUGCUUGACAGAGCAGGAAUUUUCUGGAGAAAACCUUGAGAAGACACUUAAGAAGAUAGCCAUUCAGCUAAGAGGUGAACUUGGACAUUUUGUCCAAGUCAACUCAUUCUCCAAGCCAUGUGAUGAACUGAAGUCAUCUAGGGAGGCCUGGCUCAUGAAGGCUGGUGAAGUGUCCAAGGUAGAGCAGAAAGAUUCAUCUGUGCAGACUGUGGCCAUGGAGGGCGACCUGCUCAGAUUCACUCACGAAGGAAACAGAGAAGCUUGGAAAGAGAAAUCAACCAACGCUGUAUUCUGUGCCAAGCAUCAGCCAGAGAACCUGUGCAGGACACCAGAGCGACAGGCCACUCCCUUCUCCUUCCCCAGGAUGACCAACAGAGAUGCUAAGAAGUCCCGCUUGCCAAUCCUAAUAAAACCGUCCCAGUCAUUAGGAAGUGUGUAUUGUUUCCCUGCCACUCAGGAUGUGGUGGCCCAGCUGCAGGGCCAGAUCGUGGAGCUGCAGGAAGAACUGAAGGAGUUUAAAACUCAAAAUAAGCAACUUCACCAAAAGCUAAUUCUGGCUGAAGCAGUGAUGGAGGGGAGACCAACACCCGACAAAAUGGCACUGAAUGCUCAGCCCCUUGUGGGAGCAGCCUACCAGGACAGCCCAGGAGAGCACAAUGGAAUUAAAACCACACCUUCUCUCUGGAGAGGAAAAGAAAUGGACAGUGAUCAGCAAACAAGCUACGAGAUUGACUCUGAAAUUUGCCCUUCUGAUGACCUUGCCAUCUUGCCAUCAUGCAAAGAACGUUCUGAAGAUUUCCUGAACCCAACUUCUGUAGCUACUUGUGUGGCUUCUAUGAGUCAGCCUUCUCUUAAAGUCCGUGUGAUUGGGACUCGUCAGGCUGAGGACAGGGAUACUUCAAAUGACACAGAACAUUUGAAACAGAAAAUCCUUGACUUGGAAACUGAGCUGGAAGGCUACCAGAAUUUCAUAUCUCGGCUUCAAAAGCACUCCCAGUGUAGUGAGGCCAUUAUCACAGUUUUGUGUGGGACAGAAGGGGCCCAGGAUGGCUUUGGCAAACCCAAGAGCAGUGCCAACGAAGAAGAAAUGACAUUUUCAAGCUUGCAUCAAGUACGGUACGUGAAGCACAUGAAAAUCCUCCAUCCACUGGCCCCAAAGAUGAUGGAUAGCAGGUUGCUCGAGAGCCUCAGACGGCAACUGGUGGAGCAGGGGUACGAGCUGCAGAAGGAGCAGAAUUUGAACAUGGAACUUUUCAGUGAAAUCCAUAACCUGCAGAAUAAGUUCAGAGAUCUCUCACAAUCAAGAUACAAUUCAUUAGUUCAGUCCCAAGCCAGAGAGCUCUCCCUUCAUCGGCAGCAGAUUAAGGAUGGCCAUGGCAUCUGUGUCAUUUUCCAUGAACGCAUGAACACCAUGAUUAAGGCAUUUGAGGAGCUGCUGCAGGCCAGCGACGUGGACUGCUGCGUGGCUGAGGGUUUCCAGGAACAACUGAAUCAAUGUGCUGAACUGCUGGAGGAGCUGGAAAAGCUCUUCCUUACUGGAACAUCAGUUGGAGUGGAAAUGAGCACCCAGAAUGAACUGAUAGAGAGGAUUGAGGAAGAUAACUUAACCUGUCAACAUAUUCUUCCUGAAUCUCCUGAGCCUUCAGUCUCUCAUGCAUUGUCCGAUUAUGAAACGUCUGAGAAGUCCUCCUUCUCGCAAGACCAGAAGCAAGAUAGUGACACUGAGAAGACUUCAGUUAUGGUGAACAUUUUUUCUCAAGACUUACUAAUGGAACAUAUACAGGAAAUUCGAACUUUGAGAAAACGCUUAGAGGAAUCUAUUAAAACAAAUGAGAAGCUACGGAAACAGCUGGAACGACAAGGGUCUGAAUUUGAUCAAGGUUCUACAAAUAUUUUUGCUUCUGGUUCAGAGCUGCAUAGUUCCCUGACAUCGGAAAUUAAUUUCUUGAGAAAGCAGAACCAGGCCCUUAAUGCAAUGCUCAUUAAAGGAUCCCAAGAUAAACAGAAGGAGAAUGACAAAUUACGAGAGUCCCUCUUUAGGAAGGCUGCGAGCCUAGAGCACCUUCAGCAGGCGUAUGCCAGUGUGAGGGAGGAAAACGAGAGGCUGCAGAAGGAGGUCGGUGAGAAGGAGAGACACAACCAGCAGCUGAUCCAGGAGGUCUGCAGCAGCCGCCAGGAGCUGAGCAGGGUGCAGGAGGAGGUAAAGUUGGGACAGCAGCUAUUAUCACAGAAUGACAGGCUACUCCAGUCCCUCCGAGUGGAGCUGAAGGUGUAUGAGAAGCUGGAUGAAGAGCACAGGAGACCAAGAGAGGCUUCGGGCGAAGGCUGGAAGGGGCAGGAUCGAGACCUGCAUGGCCUCCUCAUGGAGAUCCAAGCUCUGCGGGCGCAACUGGAAAGGAGCAUUGAAAACAACCGUACCCUGCAGAGUAAGCUUGAGGAGCAGCUGGCCAAGGGGGCAGCGAAGGCACAGGAAGAAGCCCUUACUCCAGCUAUCCAAGCCCUCUCCAUCCCUGAGCAGCCCCCUCAGCUAGCCAAAGAUGAUGGUGACAAAUAUCCUAUGGCAAGUGAGAAUUCAUUUGAUCUGUUUGAUUCCACCCAUGCAGUGACACCAAAAUCAGAGACUUCUCUACUCUCUGGAAAUGGCACAGACUCCUUCUCCUGCGUCAGUGACAGCUCAGCAACCAACACCCCGCGUGCACCCCACCUGGUUGCUGGGUACCACCUGUGGGCCAGCAAGAGUGGCUGCCAUGUUCUGGGCCUGAUUGAAGACUACGAGGCCCUGAGCAAGCAGAUCAGCCAGGGCCAGAGGCUCCUUGCUGAAAUGGACAUUCAAACCCAAGACGCUUGCAUCCCUUCAAGUAAAGAGCUGGGAAUAAAGGAUCCACACUCAGCGCCACUGAGCAGGUUUGUCACCAGUGUGAGCUCAGCCAAGCUGAUCCUGGAAGAGGCCUCCAGGCUGCUAAAGCUUCUCUGGAGAGUCUCACUCCCCACUCAUGGCCUGUGCACCCUUCACUGUGAGCAGAUUGAAGAAAUGAAGGCAGAGAUUGCCAACCUACACAAUAAAUUGUCUGAACAAGAAAGGAAGUUGCAAAACUCUGUGAAACUUUUGCAGCUGAGCAAGCACCAGGAAAAAGUCAUCUUUGAUCAGUUGGUCGUAACCCACAAAAUCCUGCGGAAGGCCAGAGGAAACCUGGAGCUUAGGCCUGGAGGUGUCCAUCCAGCAACACCCAGUCCCAGCAGACCAGGCUCCUGAGGAGAACUUGCAGCCAAUAAAGCUUGUGGUUUCCCCACUA